AUGGAAGAUAUUGGUAAAAGUUGUUCAUUUAUGGUCUACAAGGCGUUAAAUGGUUGUAAGAUCGCCCAUGCUGUUGAACUGGCUCUUAUGGAUUCGAAGGGAGCUAAGAUUCAAGCUACGAUUCGGAAGACUUUGGUUUAUAAGUUCCAGCAUUUGAUUAAGGAACGUGGUGUUGACUCCAUUUCUUUCUUGGCUCCUGUGGUUAAUAAUGGUGACUAUAAGACUACAAAGCACCAGUACAAAGUUAAUUUUCUCUACAACACUGAAGUUCAUCCCAUGAACCAGAACCCUAUCAAUUUUAGUCCAUUCUUAUUUGUUCCUAUCUGUUCCAUUUUGAAUCACGCUAUUGAUAUGUUCUUGGAAGUCUUACUGGAGUUGGGAAUGAAAAGUCUUGUGAGAGUGAUCAUGAUAGUAUUAAGAUGA